CACCGUCAUUCAUCGUAAAAACAAAAGAAGAAAAAAGAAAAGACAAGAUGGUGUUUUGGAAAAGAUCCCUUCCGCCAGUAACUCAUGUGUAUCAAGAGUCAAUUGCCCACCGGGUCCGAGAUAUCUUGACUGGUACAGAUCACCCUUCACAGAAACAGCGUGAUAAGGCUGCUAUCAAAGCACUUCAACGACCAGAGGCUCUGGCAGGUGUGAUCGAGAUAUUGAAGACGAUGCCCGAGCCAGGUCCUCAAGCAGAUGACUGGGGAAAUAGUGCUGACGAUUCAUCAUAUGGAGAAGGGGAAGCAAAGCAAAAACAAAAACAAAGUCAAGGACAAGAACCAGUUCAACCUGUCCAAGCACUAUUCAAGGAAAACGAUAACAAAAGCAACAUCAAGAAAAGUGGCGAUAAUUCCAAAAACUCGAAGCCUAAUGGAACAACCAUUGUAGCAGCAACCACUAUUGCGGCAGCAGCAGCGACUUCAGCAGCAGCAGCAGCUCUUGCUGUAUCAAAUAGAAAGAAAAAUAGGUCCACCACUGUAAAGGAAAGUACUGUAACUGAUAAAAACACAACCAUCACCACCAAGACGAUUGUUCGCUUUCAUCCUUCGAAGGAUACAGUAUCCAGUUGCGCAUACUGGUGGGGAUACGAGAUCUUUAUCCCACAGCCAGCUCUUUCGAGGAUUGCAUCUGCUCAGGAUGUAUCAACCGCUUUUCUUGGUUUCUUAAGUUCUGUGGGUUUGGUUGUUCCUGCAAUUGUGCCAUUUUUAGGAUAUAUUGCUGCAUAUGUUGGACUUGAAUUUGCAGUUAUCAAAGCACAGAAUGAGGGUAAAGGCGUUAUCCUAGCAAGUACCUGGUUAGUACCAGUUGCACUCGUUCCUAGGGCUUGGGAUGUACCAGAUGAUGAUGAUAAUGUUGAUAAUAACAAUGGUGGUGCCUAG